GGUUCCCAUGCCAGGGCAAGGCUCCCCACAGACACUGCUCAGACCCAGCAGCUGCCCUGAGUUCUGAACCACAAACUCUGAGAGCAGCACAUUGGCAGCAAGCUCGGAAGCUCGGCGAGCUACGGGAGACGCAGGCAUGGCUGAGGAGCUGUCUCCAGAGCAGGUGGCUGAGUUCAAGCAGGCCUUCUCCAGGUUCGACAAGAAUGGGGAUGGCACCAUCAGCGUCGAGGAGCUGGGUGCAGUGAUGCAGUUGCUGGGCAAGAAGCUCUCGGAGGAGGAGCUGAAGGCUCUCAUCACCCGAGUGGACAAGGAUGGAGACGGAGCCAUCAGCUUCCAAGAGUUCCUGGCAGAGAUGGUCAGGAUGAUGAAGGCAGGGGGCAGUGAGCAGGACCUGCGGGAAGCUUUCCGAGCCUUUGACCUGAAUGGUGACGGCCACAUUAGUGUGGAAGAGCUCAAGCAGGUCAUGAGCAAGCUGGGGGAGAAGCUUUCUCAUGAGGAGCUGAAUGCUAUGAUCCAAGAGGCCGACACAGACAAGGAUGGCAAGGUGAACUACGAGGAAUUCAUGCACAUUUUCACCCAAAAGUGAGGUUUGGGGGACACCGGCCCCACCCAUCUGCCUACCUGACUCUGGCCUGCUAGGUUCUUGUACCUUCUUGGGGGACCUUGCUUUUGUGAUGGGGAUGAAAAAGGAAAGUCUGGAUUGGUGGAUGGGAAGUUCCUCACUGGUGAGAAGACUCUGCUCUCCUGCCCUGCGUGCUGCUGUGCCACUGGGGGCUGCUCGAGACCCCUCUCUGCCUGAUGAGACCCUGGGCAAAAGGCAGCCUUCCCCGGGCUGGGCUCUCCUCUUCUCCCAGUGGUGGAAUGGGUGCUCCCUACCUCACAGGGCUGUUGUGAGGGGUCUCUAACUGAUGUGAUGAUCCAAAUAAAAAGAAUGCAAAGUCCA